UCUACACCUGUGCAGCUUCAGCUCAUCGUAGUUGAUGAGGAACUUGUCGGUGCUGACGAAAAGACCUGGUUCUUUAAGUUAAGAUGGGAACCAAACAGGCAGCGGACGCAGCGGAGCCGAACGACGACCAGGAGAGGAAGGAGAAAUGUCUGGAAUGGCUCCUCAAAAAAGACGACUCGGAGACAACACCUCUGCCCAUGGACAGCAACGUCUCGAUCGCUAGACAAUAUGCAACAAGUGUUGACAGCCGCCGCACCAGUGUAUUCACCAAGGACACGGUCUUAACAGCAGCGUCCCUCGGAGACACGACGCAGCUCAGUGGUCUGCUCGACUACCUGCGAAUCAAUGACAAGACACUCACAAGCCCAGAAUUCACAGAUGAAACAACUGGGAAAACAGCGCUACUCAAAGCUUUGCUGAACCUGAAAGAUGGCAAAAACGACACCAUCGAUGUCCUGCUGGACAUAGCAGAGCAGACGGGAGACCUAGAGGAUUUGAUCAACGCGUCUUAUCGAGAUCUGUUCUACAAAGGUCAAACCGCUUUACACGUCGCCAUCGAGAGAAGGAGCUUCGAUCACGUGAAGCUUCUGGUCCAGAAAGGAGCAGAUGUACAAGCCAAAGCAAAUGGGAAGUUUUUCCAGCGUCACGCAGGACUGGGCUUUUAUUUUGGGGAGCUGCCUUUGUCUCUGGCCGCCUGCACCAACCAGCCCGACAUCGUGUCCUUCCUCAUGGACAACCCUCACAGACGAGCCGACGUGACGGACAAAGACUCGCAGGGAAACACCGUGUUGCACGUGUUGGUGGUCGUGGCGGACAACACGGCGGAAAACACGGACAUGAUCACACGUAUGUACGACGACAUCCUCAUUCUACACAACAGGCUGGAGAAGAGCAAAAAGAUCCAGCUGGAAACGAUUGAAAAUAAUCAAGGACUGACUCCUCUGAAAUUAGCAGCCAAGCUCGGCAAGAUCGGAUUGUUCAAACACAUGUUGAACCGGGAGUUAAUGGACGAGGACACGAGGCCGCUGUCCAGGAAGUUUACAGAAUGGGUGUACGGGCCCGUUCACUCCUCACUUUACGACCUGAGCUCCAUCGAUACCAACGAAAACAACUGCGUGUUGGAAAUAAUCAUAUUUGGGAGUGAAAUUCCGAACCGACCUGAGAUGCUCCAGAUCGAACCCCUGCGCAGUCUCCUGGAGGAUAAGUGGCAGAGGUUUGCGUCCAAGAUCUUCCUGAUAAAUUUCCUGGCUUACCUGGUUUACCUGGCCAUCUUCACCACCGUGGCCUUCUACAGGAAGGACGGGCAGCCUCCAUUUCCCGUUGAAGACGUCCCACUCGACUACCUUCGCUGCGUUGGUGAGAUCGUCAGCGUCCUCGGAUCUUUGUGGUUUUUCUAUAAAGCGAUACUCGUUUUCCGUAAGAACCCUCCAAACUUUACGGCCGUGACCACGGAUGGAUUCAGCGAGAUUCUGUUUUUCCUACAAGCAGCGCUGCUUCUGAUCUGCACGGUUCUGUACUUCUGUGGACGGAGGGAAUACGUCGGCCUCCUCGUGAUCUCGCUGGCUCUCGCCUGGAUAAACGUCCUUUACUACACCAGAGGUUUCAAGCAAAUGGGAAUAUACAACAUCAUAAUGCAGAGAAUGAUGCUCGGGGACCUGCUGCAGUUUUUAGCCGUCUACAGCGUCUUUCUUUUUGGAUUUUCUGCUGCUAUCGUGGCCCUCAUGGAUGAUUCCCCUACAAAUCCCAUCAAAGUGAAGAACGGCUCACUGGCCCGAGAACGGAGCUUCAACUUUGAUACGUUCAAGUGUGAGAAGCCGAGUUACAACGACUUCAGUUUCACGACUCUGGAAAUGUUCAAGUUCACGAUCGGCAUGGGAGACCUGGAGUUCACCGACCUCGUUCAGUACAAGGAGGUUUUCUACGUCCUCCUCAUCUUCUACAUCGUUCUCACCUACAUCAUGCUGCUCAACCUGCUCAUCGCGGUGAUGGGAAACACGGUGGAAAGACUCUCCUCACAGAGCGAAACCAUCUGGAACCUGCAGAGGGCCUUUACAAUCCUGGACAUCGAGAGGACUCUGCCCAAGUGGCUGAAGACGAAGCUGGACUCCGGCGGGUCGAAGAUGGUGUCUUUAAAAAACGAGCAGGAUGAGGGUCAAAGAUUUUUCAGAGUGGAGGAAAUGAACUGGAGACAGUGGAGAUCAGACCUCGGAGUCCGUGAAGAAGAUCCUGGAAAUUACAUGAUGAAGCCGGAGGAAGAAAAAGAGACUCGAGAGAACACGUGGAACCUGGACCAGGUCCUGGACCGGAUCCGCUCCAGACGAAGCUUUUCGCAGCAGCCCAGCAUCAGCCGGAGGAGUCGGGUUUAACUGCAGCUUAAAAUCAUUUUUAUCUGACAGAAACACUUUAUAUUGUUUUUAUUGUUUGUAAUAUAACUGAAGUUUUUACUGUGAAAACUUCUGAAUUAUACUUUUAAUUAAAAACAUCCAGAUUGUCUUGAAUGUACAUUUGUUAUCGUGCAUGAACUGAGACGACAGAUCGAUGGAUUUAAGUUGCUUCUUCCUGCAUUUCAUCGCUGCAUUUUGUUCCACGUUGUUUCCUCGUGUGUUUUGGUUUGAUGAACCCGAGGCUGAAACUUGUUGGUCUGGAUGAUUGUGUUGUUUGUCACACAUCUACACCAACAACAUACUUGAGCUAAAUGUUUUAUUUACUGCGUAUUUCAUUCCACGUCUACCUCAUUCUUAUAUUUAUGUGUUUUUUUUUUCUUAUGUUGUGACUCUUGGACAAAGUAAUUUCCCUGUGGGGAUGAAUAAAGUGACAUUGAAUCAUGAA